GCGAAGUUGCUGCUUAAGAGUCUUCAGAUUUAGAGAAGCCAUGGAAGUCCAACAAAUUUUCCACAUGAAUUGGGGAAAUGGAGAAACUAGCUACGCUUGUAACUCCAUACUUCAAAAACUAGUGAUAACAAAGACAAAGCCAGUGGUGAUUGGGAGCAUUUUGGAUUUGUAUACCAAAAACUUACCUCCAUGUUUAAGGGUAGCAGAUUUGGGGUGCUCUUCAGGUCCCAACACCCUACUGGUGACCACAGAGAUCAUUGAGGCUAUUGAUGAAACAUGCCAUCAGUUGAAUCGUAAUACGCCUGAAUUCCAAGUGUUCCUCAACGAUCUUCCAUCUAAUGAUUUCAACGCCAUUUUCAAGACCUUGCCUACCUUCUAUGAGCAACUAAAGAAGGAGAAGGGUGAUAAGUUUGGGCCAUGUUCCAUCACUGGAUUACCUGGUUCUUUCUAUGGCAGACUCUUUCCAAGCAAUUCUAUAGACUUCUUUCAUUCCUCUAACAGCGUUCACUGGCUCUCUCAGGUUUGUAACACUUGACAAGUAA